GUCCAUUCCCAUUCGGAGCUGCUGUCCCAGCCAGUCUCCAGCAACCACAAGAUGCUAUCCCUAGAGAGCUCCCUGAAACUGGUGUUCCUCAGUAUCCUGCUCUCCGGCUUCCUGCCCAGCCCCGGGCAAGCCUGGUACAAACAGGCGACCGGACCCACCUACUACUCGGUCGGCAGAGCCUCCGGGCUCCUGUCCGGGAUCCGCCGCUCGCCCUACAUCCGCAGAUCAGAGCUCAGCCCCGGGCCAGAGGCGGCAGAAAACAGCGUGGAAUCAGAGCCAGGGAGUCAACACCGGAGCAACACCCUCAUCAAAACCAUGGCCGUCUGUGUCAAGGACAUCUCUCCCAAUCUGCAGAGCUGUGAACUCAUCCAGGAUGGCCUGAGCACUUUCCAGUGUAAAGCUGAUGUAUAUCUGUCGCUGGACUCACAGGAAUGUAUGAACGCCUGAUCCCACUCUCUCUUGCCCUCAACAGAAACCUCUACAAACUGCUCCCGAUCUCAGUGUUUCAUUAUUUCUACCCAUUUUGAACAAUUUAGAAUUGACCCUGAACUUACUGUUAACUCCUAGCUGACAAAUCUGUGUUAAAGUACAUGAAACUAAUUUCUUUGCUGCAGGGCAGUUCCUCAGCGCCUGACCAUUUUUGUUGAUGAUUGAUUACAAUAUUUAAAUAUAUUUCAAUGAGUAUGGAGAACCAUCGUAUAAGUGAGCUGUGCAUUGGUGCAAUUCUGAUGUGUAUGUAACUUAAAUGACUUAUUAAUUAUAUUUCAGCCUUAAAAUGUGUCCCGGCUCCUGUUUGAAUGCAUGGACAGUUGACCAUCCUUUAAAUACUUAUCCCAAUAACCUACAGGAAAACAGUACACGAUGUAAAAAAAAUAAA